AUGCACGCACAAGUGACGCCGGCGGACUGGGCGUGGUGGAUCGGCCUCCUCCUCGGCGCCGUUCCGCUGCUCGUGCUUGCUGUCAGGCACUUCAACGACGCCAGCCACUGCGCCUUCUUCGAGGUGAAGCGCUGGCGCCGUCGUGCGAGGCUCCCGCCAGGCCACAUGGGCCUCCCGUUUGUGGGCGAGAGCCUCUGGCUGCUCUGGUACUACAAGCUCGCGCGCCGCCCCGACGGCUUCGUCCACGCCCGGAGGAGGCGCUACUAA